AUGAGUUCAGUACCAGAAACUUCGGAAAGAUCUGCUAUAGUAACAUCGCCGGACUUCACAGCAUUGGGAGCUCAAUUAAGUGAGGUACUUGGUAAGUUCAAUGAGUUAAGCGCUGAAAUGGCCGCACAAAGGCGUGUAAUUGAUCAGCUGGUCGACAGCAACAAUGGUGGUGGUGUCCCAAACGACCAAGAACCUAUCGAUAAUCACCCACCUGCACAAGACUAUCAACCACCCCACACAUCCACUACCCAAACACCUUUCCCUCCUCCUUUCGCUAACCCUCUUGAAAAUACCUUUACCCGACUAAAUUCAGACUUUUCCUAUAUGCAUCCGAAUUAUGGACCCCACCACCAUACUGCAGAGCCUUUUGUACUAGAUACUGCAUCUCAAGGGAAGGCGGCGAUAGAAGAACAACCUAUACCCAUUGACAAAGAUCUGUUAAGAAGGUUGGAUCGAUUCGAUGAUUUUAUGAGAAAGAAUCAAGGAUUGAGCAAGCAUGGUGGGUUAGAUUACAAUGAAUUGUGUCUUUUCCCGGAUAUUCAGCUACCGUUGGGAUUCAAAACCCCUAAAUUCAGCAAGUAUGAUGGAACUGGAAAUCCAAAGACGCACCUCAAGAUGUUUGCCAACAAGUUAGGUAAAUCUGUGGAUGAUGAGAAUUUGCCUAUGCGUCUAUUUCCGAAAAGUUUGGAGGGAGAUGCUCUAGAUUGGUAUUCAAAUUUGAAGUCUAGAGAAGUCAAGACCUGGUUGGAUCUAUCAACUGCUUUUGUGAAGCAGUAUGAAUUUAACUGUGAGUUGGCGCCAACACGAACCACACUGGAGGGUACGAAAAGAAAGCCGUCGGAAGAUCACAAGACCUACGCAAAACGGUGGAGAAAGUUAGCUGCCAAAGUGGAGCCUCCUAUGAUUGAGGAGGAGAUUGUUCGCACUUUCAUCAAGGCCCACGAUCCACCUUAUUUUGAAGAGAUCUUCCGCAUGACUGGAAGUCCAUUUGCUGCUAUCAUUAACAAAUUGGAGGAGUAUGAUAAAUUUGUCAAAGCAUGGAAGAUUGUUAAUGUGUCUGCAUUAAAGUUGCAAUUGGAUGCUCUACAAAAUCAAAACAGCAAUGGGAAAAAGCCCCCAUUCAAGAAGAAAGAAGGUGAUACUGCUUUUAUAUGGGAUCAAGGCCCGUCUUUCAGACCCAGAAAUCAUCCCACCUAUUCUUUUUCUUACCCGUAUUACACCAAUCCCCAACCAGUAUACCACACUACUACCCAAUUCCAUCAUUCCCGACCAAAUCAUUUGAAUACCUCGCCCUUACCUCCAACUCCACAACCUGUCUUUCAAAAUCACUCUCGUCCCAUUUAUCAUUCCAGACCAACCCUGCAAAACAAUAACCCUUCUCAAAAUCCUUUGCAAACCAGUGGAAUUCAAACUCGGAAGCAAUUUCGAACCUUCACCAACUUGGGCCGACCUAUUGAUCAGUUGUAUGAGCAAUUAAAAGCAGUUGGAAAAAUUGGCACUGUUCCUCCCAAAAUCUAUCCCAGAGGUCCUCCUGCCGGUUAUGAUCCGCAUGCAAUCUGUGCUUAUCAUUCUGGAAGUCCAGGUCAUAUCACUGGCAAUUGUUGGGCUUUAAAACAUAAGAUUCAGGACAUGAUUGACUCUGGAGAUAUUCUUCUCAGAAGAAAGGGAGAGCAGGGACCGAAUGUUAGUAAGAAUCCUCUACCUGAGCAUGGGAGCACUGUGGGGGUUAUCAUCGCUGAUGAAGAUUUUGUCGACCCCAGUCAGUACAUUGUAGAUGAAACUGAAGUAUUUGGCGUGAUGGAGACUGACCAUGCGGAGAUGAGGAAACUACUGUCUGUUGAAGAGUCCAUAACUAAGGAUAGUGCUGAAGAAAAGUUAAAAUCUUUUGUGUUUGAGAAAGAGGAAUCGCUUAUGGUAGAAGGAGGGCCUUCCGAGAUUGACAAUUCUGAGGUUCCUUUUAUUUUGGAUCUUCCAUCUUUUGAAUGGGAUAUAUCAGAGCCUGCCAUUCUCGAAUUUCCAGAACAAAUGCCUGUCAAUAACUUGCAAGAGGUACCAUGGAACUACGAGGAGCCCAGUCUGUUAAUUGGAGGUAAAGAUUGCUUGAAGGAAGAUAUAUCUACUAUUACUAGAUCUAGAAAAAUUGUGGGAAACUCCGAUAUUGAUGUUCAAUCCAAGGCCAAGGUUAAAUCUCCGACACCCAAGCCUCGUGUGUCUGAAAAUGAAGUUAAUCUUCUCUUGACUUCCGAGCUGCACGGAGAAGCAUUGCUCAAAAUUCUGAACGAAGAUCAAGUCCCUAAAGAUAUUCCGGUGGAUAAAUUUUAUAACAUUGUGGGGAAUGUACUUGCUGCUAAUCAUAUUACCUUUUUCGAUGAUGAUCUGACUGCAGAAGGGAUCGGACAUAACAGAGCUUUGUAUAUAUCGGUCCGUUGCAAUGGAAAGCUGUUGCCGAGGGUUUUAGUGGAUAAUGGGUCAGCGUUGAAUAUCUGUCCAUGGAACACUCUCACCAAGCUUGGAUUUCUUGAUAUUAAACUCCGUCCAUCUGCAACUGUGGUUCGAGGAUUUGAUGGUUCAAGGAGGGAAUCUAUGGGUGAAGCAGAUCUGGUAUUGGAGAUAGGCCCUGCUCAAUUCCAAGUUACUUGCCAAGUCAUGGACUUCUCCAGUAUUUACAACAUUUUACUUGGAAGACCUUGGAUACAUGCUUCCAAUUCAGUGCCAUCUUCUCUGCAUCAAAUGUUGAGAUUUAUUGUGAAUGAUCAGCUCAUUACUGUAUUUGCUGAGGAUGACUGUACCAUGAUCAUUGAUGCAAAAUUCAAAGGUAAAGACAGAAAAGGGACUCCAAUUUCAUCUCAUCAUGUUGCUGACAUAGUCUCUGUAGGAUGGGCAUCUAGGGAUAAGUCGUUGACUCAAUCAGAUUUGCCAGAGGGCAGUAUUAUGAUGGUGAGAGAGAUGAUCCGAGGCGGAUAUGAAAUAGGAAAAGGUCUUGGGCGAGAAUUGUAA